AUGUCAUCUGUUUUCCUUCUCGGCUUCAUCGGUGGCGAAAUAAUCGAUCUUCUCCUUCAGGAAAAGCAAUACAGGCUGCGGGGAGGGUGGAUGAUUCAUCGCCCAGACCCCAUUUCCCCAGGGAACUACAAUGACUGCUUUAGUGAGUACUCGGGCACGAUUAUUGGGGCGAACUCGCGGAAUCGAGCUACUCGACUGCGGAAGCUGGGAUGGAAGGCGAGGGAGAAGAAGACACUUGCUUCUUUGGCGGAGGAUGAGAUUCCUUUGAUUUUGCCGGAAAAUGGCGAUUUUGCAGGGUAUACUGUGAUUCGGAAAUGA